GCAAACUCUGUUAACUAUGGAAAUGAUCAGAGAGAAAACUAAGAAAUCAUCUGCUGACUACAGUCACUUCAAUAAACAAGGGACCUGGAAGCCAAGACCCGACUGAAUGGAGCUGGGAAACAUUUCGACAGUGUCAGAGUUUGUCUUCCUGGGCCUCACUCAGAGCCGGGGGCUGCAGGGUGUCUUGUUCCUGGUGUUCCUCCUCAUCUACAUCACGACUCUGCUGGGCAACCUCCUCAUCAUGGUCACCGUGACCUGUGAACCCCGGCUCCAAACCCCCAUGUACUUUCUGUUACCUAGUCUCUCUUUCAUGGAUGUCUGUGAUUCCUCUAUCACGAUACCAAAAAUGCUGGUGGACUUCCUUUCCGCCACCAAAACCAUCUCCUAUGGAGGCUGUUUGGCCCAGAUCUUCCUCUUCCACUUCCUUGGAGGGGCUCAGAUCUUCUUUCUAGAAGUGAUGGCAUAUGACCGCUACCUGGCCAUCUUCCGGCCUCUGCACUACUCGGCCAUCAUGAACUCCCAGGUGUACCUGGGGAUGACACUAGUCGCCUGGCUGGUGGGUUUUGUGCACUCCAUUUUCCAGUUUGUUCUGCUGCUCCCGUUGCCUUUCUGUGGCCCCAAUGUCCUAGAUAACUUUUACUGUGACAUCCCCCAGGUCCUCAAGCUCGCCUGUGUGAAUACCUCCCUCUUGGAGCUUCUGAUGAUCUCCAACAGCGGGCUGCUCAUUCUCCUCUGGUUCAUCCUCCUCUUGGUAUCUUACACGGUCCUCCUGCUGAUGCUGAGGUCCCUCUCCAAGGAAGGGAGGAAGAAAGCUGCCUCCACCUGCACCUCCCACCUCACUGUGAUCUUUGUGCAAUUUGUGCCAUGUAUCUACACCUAUGCCCGACCCUUCACCACAUUUCCAAUGGACAAGAUGGUCUCCGUCUGUGAAACUUCUCUACCUCCCAUGUUGAACCCCAUUAUCUACUCCCUGAGGAACAAGGAGGUGAGAUCAGCUGUGAGCAGGAUGAGGAAGCGCUAUUUGCUGUCUAGGAAGAUUCAGAAUCAGAAAUAUGGUGUGAAUUUACUGGUGUAA